GGCACUAUUACACAAUAUUUCUUAGCUCCACAACCACAAUGCAAAGUUUUAAAUUAUCUGCCUUUUUGGUAUUUUGUCUUUUUUAUAGCACCACAGGGGUGCAGAUAGUUUGGGAUAACUCUGUAGCUCCUAAUUUUAAUAUGUUUGAAGGAAAUAAUAUAGAAGAUUUUGUUGGAAGAAUGGGAGAGAUUCGAGUUUCUAAUCAGUUCUUUAUUUAUCCUGGUACCAAGUGGUGUGGAGCUGGGAAUAUAGCAGAAAACGAUAAUGACUUUGGUACUGAAAUAGAAGCAGACAAGUGCUGCUUUGCUCACGAUCACUGUACGGAUACUAUCGGAGGGUUCCAAACUAAAUACGGUUUAACAAAUCCCAACUUUUAUACGAGGCUUAACUGUGAAUGUGAUAAUCAAUUCUACGACUGCCUAAAGUCAAAUAAUAAUAUGGUUUCAGAGCAACUAGGACAUAUAUAUUUUACUGCCUUAGGAACUAAAUGCUUUAGCUACCAAUAUCCCAUAUCUGGUUGUUCGAAAUAUACAUUCUUCCCUACAACGAAAUGCGUUGCUUACGAAGUAGACGAGAUAAAAGAAAAAGAGUAUCAAUGGUUUGAUGUUCCCAAUUUUUAAUUCAUUAGAGUGUUUUGUAUAAAAUUAUUAAAUAAAAAUAUUUAACGUA